AUGUUUAUCUGUUUUGAAGCUUGUAGUCGUGGAUUCAACUUCUGUCGUCCUGUAUUAUUCGUUGAUGCGGCCCACUUGAAAAGCAAGUACCUUGGUCAUAUGAUGGCAGGAACAAGUCUAACCGGAAAUGAUGAAAUCUACCCUCUUGCUUAUGGUGUGGUAUCAUCGGAGAAUGAAGCCAACUGGAAAUGGUUUUUGGAAAAUUUGAAGAAAGUCCUUUCUCCUUUGCGACCAAAGCUUACUUUUGUGAGUGAUCGAGGUAUUGGAUUGGUAACUCAAAUUCCUGUUGUAUUUUCUGAGGCUUUUCAUGGACUGUUUAAGAAAUGUGCGUAUGCUUCUACUCAUAAAGAAUUUACAGAGAAUUGGGAUAAGUUGAGGGAAGUUGAAAAUCAGAAGUUACAAGACUAUCUAAGUAGAGCUCCUGUUGAUAAAUGGGAAAGUUUUUUCUUCAAGGGUCGACGAUAUGGUAGGUUGUGUUCAAAUAUUUCUGAGAGUUUCAAUGGUUCGGUCGUUGAAAAGAGAGAGAAGUCUAUAGCCGUCAUGGUUGAUGAGUUCAGGGUGAAGCUAAUGGACCAAAUGUGUAAACGUCGCGAGGACUCUGCAAACUUAAUGAAUUUGCGUCAAACUCUAUGUCCAGAAUAUGAAGAUCUGCUCCACGACAACAAGAUGCAUGGAUCUUCAAAAUGUAGAACUCAAUGA